AUCAUUGGUGUUGAUUUGAGUUUGAGGUGCGAGUUGCGAUUUGUUGUGCAUCUGUUCGGUUCGGUGUGGAAAUUAUCGCAACUCAGAUCACUAGUUAGUUAAAACGUUCAUUUUUUUAUUCUUCCAUAGUUUUGUUAAAUAUCUGCGGCUUUUCAUCUGAUAUAUCAACUAUUUCAGAAAAGAGAUGUGGCUGAUAUUAUGACUACACUAGUAUUUGGUACUGGUGUUGGAACCUUCAUUCUCCUGGCGGUUUGGUCAGCUGCAUUGCUUCUGUGUUUCAUCUCUUUAAGGACAAAUCGCAACGUUGGUCCGGUGGCCGUCCUUGCUGCUGUACUGGUAAUGGUAGUUCUUCUUCUGAUUCCCAGAGGACCGGAGGCACCAAUAUCUACUGAGCACAAGAUAUACGACAACCUCUUCAUUUGGCGAGUACUUCUAGCAGGUUUCCUGGGACUUUCUACCUUUGCGAGUGUUGUAGCAUUCAUCACACUGGUGCUUAUGGAACCAAAGCAAGGACAGAGGAUCAAGAGUUUGGAAUUGUAAACUUGCAAAUUUUGUUAACACAGCGACAAAACAAUGGCUGCCGCAAUGAUGACAUGUUUGCGCCAAAAGGCCUUUCUCAACCGCAGCAUCUCGUGUGCACGCAGUUUGCUGAAAUCUUUCACCAUCAAUGACAAUGAGGAGUUUAUGAAUAAGGUGAUGAACAGUCCUGUGCCUGUGAUUGUGAACUUUCACGCAGAGUGGUGCGAGCCUUGCCAUAUACUUACACCCAAGCUAGAGGAACUUGUGGGAACAUCAGAAGACAUCAAUCUGGCGACUGUUGAUGUGGAGAAAAACGCAGAGCUCGUCCACACGUUUGAGGUGAAAGCAGUUCCCGCCGUGAUUGCGAUUCGCAACGGCUUAGUUAUUGACAAGUUUAUCGGGUUAGUUGACGGGGACAUGAUUGAUAACCUUGUACAAAAACUGACUCCUCCGAAAAUGAAGGAUAGUAAGUAACAAAUAUUGUAAUUUAGUGUAUAGUAAAACCUUUUAGAUAUUUUUGAUUUUUGUUGUUGUAUUAUGACGUUUUAAGUCUGUUCACAAAAUUUAGGCGGUUUGAGGGGAAUUCCCCUGCUACUUGUUUUGCCUAAUGUAUAUGUUGCAGCUGAUUGACGUUUUAGCGCAAACCUCAGCUGUUAAGCUAUUGUUUUAGAGGUAGAAUCAAGUGGAGGGAAUAGAUUUCUUCCCCUAAAACCGCCUACAUUUUGUGAACGGAGAAUAGUUUAGUAGAUAAAUUGUUUUUAUUUAUUAUAAUUUGAGUGUUACGGUCACUCAAACCAUAAUUUUCAGGUUAAAAAUGCUACUCAUAAAAAAAUCUAAUUUAAAAUUUGUAUUUUAUGUCAAAGUAUUCUUGCCUAACUAUUCUUUUAUGUUAGAGGAAUGCAAAAUCUAGAUCUAUUUUGACAUUUUGUUUAUUUUUGAAGGCUUUGUAAAGCAUUUGCAAUAUCCACUUACGUUUAGGGUUUUAUCCCUUGAGUAUUUCAAGCCUCAGGUUUUUCUUGUCUAUAAAUAUUACCCACCAAGCAAUUGUAAAUAAAAUUGAGUUAAUGCUAAACUAUUUGGGGGAUUUUUAUUUUAGUUGGAAAACAAUAUCAUGAUGGUGAUGAUAAUAUAAAUAAAAAUGUCUUUAGUCGAUAUUGCAACUAGGGGUGUGCGAAUAGUGAUUUUCAACCUCGAGCCGAGCCGAGCCGAGCUUUUUAAAAAAUGUUCGAGCUCGAGCUUUUUCGAGCCGAGCUUUUCCUAGCGUAGGCCUAACCUUAUCUUAAUUAUUAAACUUUUUUUUCUUAAAAAAGUGCAUAAUUAUAAUAAUGUUCAGUCAAUUUUUAAAUAAACACAAUGUUAUUUUAAUAUGUUUAAAAACAUUGAGAAUUGUCAAGACAUCAAAUAGUAGAUAAUCACGAUAAGAACUGAACUGAACUAAAUGAAGAUGCAAGAAAUAAAAGGAUAUCGAUUGAAGGCCUGAAGAGAUAUGCAGUGCAGACUGAGACAAUCAGAUUGUCUUUCAUGACAGAACAGCAACGCGACCUUGAAUGACGACAAAACAACUAGCAAGUCGAUUACAUAUGUAUAUUGUAACUACUAUGAAUAUUUAAUUCUAUUUUGUAUAAAUAAAUACAAAAUAA